GCACCUUUUUGAGAACUUACAAAAAAUAUUUUUAAAAAGAUGGAGCUGAUGAAUAUGGCGUCAAAAGAAACAAGUUAUUGGAUGAUCGCACUACCCGCCGUUUUUGGAACCCAAAACAUGUACGAUGUUUCCAUCUUCGGCUACCUAAUCCUCGCCGUCGUUUCCCUCUCUCUACUCACGUGGGCUUUCUCCGGAGGCGGUGGCGUUGCAUGGAAGAACGGCCGUAACCGUAUUGGUCGUGUCGCGAUUCCUGGUCCUCGAGGCAUACCAAUAUUCGGUAAUCUUUUCACUCUAAGCCGCGGCUUGGCUCAUCGGUCACUAGCCGCCAUGGCUUGGAGCCGAGCCAACACUGAGAUUAUGGCUUUCAGCCUCGGGGCCACGCCUGUUAUCGUGGCUUCCGAGCCGAACACGGCCCGUGAGAUUCUCAUGUCGCCUCACUUCGCGGACCGGCCGGUUAAGCAGUCGGCUAAGAGCCUCAUGUUCAGCCGAGCUAUAGGUUUUGCGCCCAACGGGGCGUACUGGCGCACGUUAAGAAGGAUCGCGUCGACUCAUCUAUUCGCUCCAAAGCGUAUUUUAGCACAUGAAGCUGGACGUCUGCUAGACUGCGCCGAAAUGGUGAGAGCUGUGUCAGAAGAGCAAAACGGCGCUGGAUCCGUCGUUUUGAGGAAACACUUGCAGUUAGCGGCCUUGAACAAUAUCAUGGGGAGUGUGUUUGGGAGAAGAUAUGACCCUCUGGCUCAGAAAGAGGCUCUUGAUGAGCUUACAUCGAUGGUUAGAGAAGGGUUCGAGCUCUUGGGUGCUUUUAAUUGGUCUGAUCAUCUUCCAUGGUUGAGUUAUUUCUAUGAUCCUGUUCGUUUGAAGCAACGUUGCUCAGAUCUUGUUCCUCGAAUCAAAACCCUCGUCAAGACAAUUAUUGAGGAACAUCGAGAAGGUAACUCGGAGAAGAAAAGAGAUGUUGGAGAUUUCGUUGAUGUGUUGUUGUCUUUAGACGGUGACGAGAAGCUUCAAGAAGAUGACAUGAUCGCCGUCUUAUGGGAGAUGAUUUUUAGAGGGACUGAUACGACAGCGUUAUUAACGGAGUGGACCAUGGCUGAACUAGUACUGAACCCUAACGUGCAAGCCAAGCUAAGGGACGAGAUCAAAACGGCAGUGAGCGACAGAGUCGACGUGGCAGAUACUGACCUUGCAAAACUCCCUUACUUGAACGCAGUGUUGAAGGAAACUCUAAGGCUGCAUCCUCCUGGACCAUUGCUAUCGUGGGCCCGUCUUUCCACGUCAGAUGUCCAGCUCAGCAACGGCAUGGUGGUUCCAAAGGGUACUACAGCGAUGGUCAACAUGUGGGCCAUCACUCACGACCCGACUGUAUGGUCCGACCCGUUACAGUUUAACCCGGAGAGGUUCAUUGGGAAUGGUGACGUGGACAUACGUGGUGGGGAUCUAAGGCUUGCUCCGUUUGGAGCCGGAAGGAGGGUGUGUCCGGGGAAGAACAUGGGUUUAGCUACUGUGACUCGUUGGGUGGCUGAGCUAGUGCGGAGGUUCGAGUGGAGUCAAGAUCAGACAGAACCGGUCAAUCUUGAUGAGGUCUUGAAGCUUUCUUGUGAGAUGGAGCAUCCGUUACGUGCCGUUGUAACGGAAAUAAAUUAAAUUUUAGGGUUUUUGACUUUUAGUCAGCCUUAUGUUGUUUUCUAUAUUUGUUGCGUUUUUGCUUUGUUUUGUCGAGAGAGGUUUGGAUUGCUUGUCGUGUGGUUUGCUUAUGUUUACAAUUAGUUGAUCUAGUAACUCGGUUUGUUAUGUACGAACUUAGUUUUCAUUAUCAUUAUCCUUGAUUAGUAUGCGUUUAAAAC